AUAAAUAUUAAUAAAUAUUAAAUAUUAGAAGUAAAAAAAAAAAUAUUUUUUGAAAAUGUCAUUAAGAAAAUUCAUGCAUCCAAGAAAUAAAUAUAAAAAAAUACCAGAUUUCAAUGAACUUGCUUUAUUAUAUCCAGAAUUUCGUGAUAUUGCAAAUAUUGAUUUAACAGGAAAGAUAAAGAUUGACUUCAAAAAUGAAGAAAGCCUACGUGUGCUUACAGAAGUUUUAUUAAAACAUGAUUUUAAUCUAGAAGUAAAAAUACCUCCAAAUAAAUUAGUACCAACUCUACCAUUACGAAUAAAUUAUAUUUUAUGGAUUGAAGAUUUAAUGAAAUAUAUUUCUUUUAAUGAAAUGCAAGAAGUAAUUGGCAUAGAUAUUGGUACUGGAGCAGUUUGCAUUUAUCCUUUAUUGUUUGCAAAAAUGUAUGGAAAUCAAAUGAUUGGUACAGAAGUUGAUGAAACAAGCAUACAAACAGCAAUUCAACAUAUUGAAAAUAAUAAAUUGCAUCAUAUAAUAAAAGUAUUUAAAGUAAAUGAAGGAACAAUAUUGAAGGGUAUAAUAAAAGAAAAUAAUAUCUAUCACUUUACAAUAUGUAAUCCACCUUUUUUUGAAAUAGAAGAAUUAUCAGAAAAAAUAAUAAAACGUUUACCACCAAGAAAUGCUUCAACUGGAAACAAAGUUGAACUUAGAGUUCAAGGUGGUGAAAGAGCAUUUAUAACACAAAUGAUCAAAGAAAGUAUAGAGAUUAAAGAAAAAAUAAAAAUUUAUACCACAAUGUGUGGUAAAAGAAAUAAUUUAUUAUUUUUAUUAAAAUUUCUAAAACAAAAAAAUAUAGAAAAUGUGACAUGGACAGAAUUUUGUCAAGGUCACACAAAACGAUGGGGAUUGGCUUGGUCAUUUUUAUCAAAAGAUUUUGUUAAUUUGAUAAAUGCUCCAGUUAUUAGAAAAAGUGAAGAUUAUAUUGCAAAAUUACUUAGACAACAACGUCCAAUAGAGAUACAAUUUCCAAUACAACAUAGAUUUUCUUCUUUUGAUAAUUUAGUUAAUUUUUUGGAACAAACAAUGAAAGAAUUAAAUGUACAAAUCAAAGAAUUAAAUUUGCCAAUUGACAAUUUUAAUGGUUGGUCAUGUCAGCUAAUUGCAGAAAAUGAUACAUGGUCACAUGCACGUAGAAAACGUCGAUUAGCUCAAAGAUUAAUGAAUCAGUUUAUAGAUCAUAAUACAAAAUGUAUAACUACAACAAAUAAUAUAGAACAUUCUACAAAAAAAUUAAUGAAAAAUACUUCAAAAAAUAUAAUUGAAGAACAAACAAUUAAAGAAUUACAAGAAACUGUUAUAAAAGAACCUUUGUUAAUAUGUAACUUUUUUGUUGAAUUAAUAGAACAUGAAGCUAAAAAUAAUGAUGUCAAAAUAUUUAUGAUCCUUGAAAAAGGAACUGGUGGCAAGAAUGCUUUAGAAACAUUUCGACAAUAUUUAAUAAACAAAUUAGAUAUCAGAGAAUAUUUUCAAAAAUCACAUGAAAGACCAAAUAAAAAGAAACGAAAACGAUUAAAAACAAACAAAAUUGAAGUGAAUUUGAAUCAAAUUAAAAAUUCUGUAUAAGAUAUUACUUUAUGUUCCAUACAAAAUGAUUUAUUUUAUGGUCUUUCUGUUAUAUGGUAAACUCUAUGGUCAUCAUAUAACAGAAAUCAUGUAACAGGUAACAUAUGUAAAUCAAAUAUUUAACUUUAUUUAUAAUCAAUAAUUCUUAUUAACUAGCAUUCUUCAUUGUACAUUUUAACUAACAAGUGCAAUAUAAUAUUUUAUAUUGUAAAAUAUACAAAUUUAAAUGAAAACUGAUACGGCAUGUUUAUGUUAUUUGCUUUUAUUAUCGUUAUUAUCAUCAUCAUUAUUAUUAUAAACAUAACUGACUCAUGACAAAAAAUAAUUUUUUUAACUUAAUUUAGUGUGGCAAUAUGAUAAAAUUUUAACAUAACAUAUUCGUAACGAAUGUUAUUUAUUAAAGAUAUAUGCUUAGUAACAGAUGUUUGUAAUUCUAAAACUGCAGUAUUUCUAAUAAUAAUUAGGAAAUUGAUACUAUUCCUAUAAUAUAUUGAUUAAUGAAUCGUUUUUGAUAAUCGUUAUUAAUGAUCGUGAAAUAUAAUAGCAUACUUAUCAUUGUAUUAUCUUUUUCCUGCCACUAUUAUUUUUUUUAUAAAACUUCUUUUUCUGUAUAAAUGGAAAAUUUUUUAAUUUAAAAUUAUUUUCAGAUCCAAAUUUUCACAUAAAAUGACGAUAAAACAACGGUGAUAGAAAAAUGAAAGAAAGCUUUUUUCGUAAUGUAUACGAAUGGUAUAAAAACGAUUAACAAAGCUAUAUAAAUUUAUCUUGUUGAAUACAAUAUAAAUACUAUUCUUUAUUAAUUUUUGUAUAAUCUGUAUUAUUUUCAAACAUAUAUUAUUUAUGAAAAAUCUAUCAAUAUUCUUUAAAAGAAAAUCGAUUAUCUGUAGCAUUCAUAUUGAAUUCAACAAGACUAACCUCAAAUUAGCAGUAUCUAAAAAUAGAAAACAUGACUUUAAUAUAUAUUGCAUGUAUCGAUAGCAACUAAAAUGAAUGACAUUAAUGCCUAAAUGGCACAAAACAUGAUUUCAUAUAUGUAUAAUAAAAUAGCUUAUAGAAAAAAACAAUUGACUUAUAUUCUACUAGAUAAUAAAAUCCAUUAUUUGUUAUAGAUAAUUGUUGUAACAUUUUAAUUUUAUUGGUACAUUGCAUUUUCAAGUUUUAGCAACAUUUGUGCAAUAUGCUAAAACAAAUACUAAUUUACUAUUUCAUAGAUUAAUAAAAAUGUAAUAUGCAAUAAUAUCUAUAAUUUUUAUUGUUAUAAAGUAGAAUUAAUUGAGUCUUUGGAAAAAAUGUGACAAUAUUAGACGAAAUUGUUGUUUAUGAUUUUACUAAGAUAUAUUCUUUCUUUAUUCCUUCAAUAAUUUGUAGAUUUGUAGAUUGUGAAUCACAAAUAAAAUUUAUAAAUAUAUGCAUUAAGGCAAUGAAUUCUUUCAUUCUGAAUUAUUUACAUAAAUGAAGAAUCAAUUUUUUUUUAUGUAUUUGUUAUAUACUGUUGUAAAUCAGUCAAAUAAAUUAUUUAGCUUGGCAUAUUGUAAUUAAGCAUCGCGAAUAUUAAGAAAUCUAAUUCUUUCGAAAGUUUGAUCUAUAUUGUCAUUGAUCGUCACACUAUAAAAGUUCGAUUCUGAUAGCCUUUUAUAAACGUAUACACGAUACAUCAAAUAACGAUCCUCAUCUCGAGCAAACACUUUCACCUUAUUCGAAUCAGUUAUAUAUGCCGUAUUCGCGU